AUGCAGACAGUGCUUGACAACAUCCAGGUGGCCGUGACCUCUGCCUUCCAGCUGGCAGCGGAAUGGCGUCAGACCUGGGGACAAGUGAUCGUUGACGUAGUUUGCUACCGGCGCUUCGGGCACAACGAAACGGAUGCACCGGAGUACACCCAGCCCGUGCUCUACAAGCACAUCGCAAAGCAUCCCAGGACACAUGUGGUCUUCGAGGAGAAGCUCCUCGCCAGCGGAGAAAUGAGCAAGGCGGAGCUGGACUCAAUCAAGAGCAACCUUUGGAAGCAGCACGAGGAGGCUUUCAGCGAGGCUGACAAGUUCAAGCCAGAUGAGGACAUGGGGAACUGGGUGGCCACCAAAUGGGAGGGCUAUGUGCGCCCCACCGACAAGGCCCAAUCGCAUCCCACAGGAGUGGACCUCGAGCUUCUCAGGAAGAUCGGCGCCAAGCUGUGCACUGUGCCCGAGGGCUUCAAGCUGCACAACGGCCUGAAGCGCCAGCUGAAGAAGAAGAUGGAGGAUCUCGAGGGUGGCGAGACCAUCGAUUGGGCCACAGCCGAGGCCCUGGGCUUCGCAUCGCUGCUGCUGGAGGGCAACCAUGUGCGAAUCACCGGACAGGAUGUCCAGCGUGGCACCUUUGCGCAUCGACACUGCGUGGUGAAGGAUCAGAGCACAGGGGCGGACUAUUGCUUCCUCAACAACCUCGACCUCGGCCCACAGGAGAACUUCAUUGCUCGGAACUCCAUUCUCUCGGAGUACGGUGUGCUGGGCUUUGAAUUGGGCUACAGCUACGAGAAUCCCCGCGCACUGGUUCUCUGGGAAGCGCAAUUCGGCGACUUCGCCAACACUGCGCAGGUGAUGAUCGAUCAGUUCGUCUCGGCUGGGGAGCACAAGUGGCUCCAGCAGACCGGCUUGGUGAUGCUCCUCCCCCACGGCUACAUGGGUCAGGGAGCCGAGCAUUCCUCCUGCCGACUGGAGCGCUUCCUUCAACUCAGCCGGUUGCUGAGCCACCCACAUGGUUUCAAACUCUUCAUGGCCGUCAAAGGGCACAGCAUCCGCAACAUCAUCGAGGAAUGUGUUCUCAAACUGGUGAAGGGAACAGUGGCCGCUUUGUUAGCGUAA